AUGGCAUCAAUCAAAACAACAGUAAAAACAGAAGCCUGCUCCUUCAGCGAAUACAGGAUAUAUCCUGGUAGAGGACAAAAAUAUAUUGCCAAGGAUGGUAAAGUAUAUUUCUAUUUAUCUUCAAAGUUCGCUUCACUUGCCUUACAAAAGAAGAAGGCCGCUAAGUUGAGAUGGACACAGACUUGGAGACGAAAUAACAAAAAAACAAAAGUCGAAGCCACACAAAGAAGACGAUAUAAGAAAACCAUCAAAGUGCAAAAGGCUGUUUGCGGUUUAAGUGUUGAAGAUAUAAGAAACAGAAAAGCCUACGUGCAAAGUAUUGAAGCUAAAUUUAAGAGUCGUGAUAAUAUUGACAUCAAAACAUAUUCUCACGUAGUAAAACUUCGAAAAGCAAAGAAGGCUUCUGUUUAUAUAUAUACAUUUACAUUAUCAUUUUUAAGUAAUGGCAAAUGUUUUAUUUGUUUUUUUAUUUUAAAUGAUAAUAAUAAAGCACGUUUUGCAGGAAAAGAAAAGGAAGAUAAAAAAAAAGGUAAAGAUGACAAGAAAAAAAAUGCAGCACCAGUUCAACAAAAAAAAGAAUUUACUAAGGGUAAUAAAUUACUAAAUUUAGCCAAAAACAAAAUGCAUAAAAUGAUGAAAAAAUAA